AUGUUGAGAAAUCUCAGAGGUAGAUUUCAUCCCUUCUGGAGCAACGCCACCACCAAGGUGCGAUACUCCACUUGUUCAGCGGAUGAUUCACACGAACAAUCCUCCUAUGUUCCUCUCACUGAUCACCCGAACUUACCCGAAUCUCCCAACGUCUCCGUCUCUCGAGACACCAGAGAUUACAUCUCCGCGAUCCUUACCUGCAAAAACGUGUCAGAGGUUGGGAAAAUCCACGCGCGAGCAAUCGUCAAUGGCUUCUUACAAGACCUUACCGUCGCAAACAAGCUCCUUUACAUAUACUCUCAACUCAGAGCCAUAGCUGAUGCAGAGACUCUGUUCGAUGAAAUGAGCGUUAAGGAUCCCGUCUCCUGGAGCGUUAUGGUUGGUGGGUUUGCGAAAACUAACGAUUUCGUCAAUAGUUUGCGGGUUUUCAGAGAGAUUCUUCGAUCAAGUUUGAAUCUUGAUAACUACACGUUGCCUAUAAUUAUUAGGGUUUGCAGAGAGAAGAGAGAUGUUGUGGUAGGUAGAUUGAUUCAUAAAGUAGCGUUGAAGUCUGGCAUGGAUUUGGACUGUUAUGUUUGUGCUGCGCUUGUUGAUAUGUACGCGAAAUGUGGAGAGAUUGAUGAUGCAUGUAAGCUGUUCGAUGAAAUGCCUAAGAGAGACCUUGUGACUUGGACCGUGAUGAUUGGUGCGUGUGCUGAUUCAGGGAAGCCUGAUGAAUCGUGGGUUUUGUUCGAAAGGAUGAGGAAUGAAGGGAUUGUCCCUGAUAGAGCUGCUGUUGUCACCAUCGUUAACGCGUGUGCUAAGCUUGGAGCUUUGCACAAGGCGGUGAUACUUCAUGAUUACAUCCGCUUGAUGAAUUUUCCUGUUGGUGUGGUUCUUGGAACAGCUUUGAUUGAUAUGCAUGCGAAAUGUGGGAACCUUGAUGCUGCGAGAGAGAUGUUUGAUUCGAUGAAGGACAGAAAUGUUAUCUCGUGGAGUGCGAUGAUUGCAGCGUACGGGUAUCACGGGAAAGCAACUAAGGCUCUUGAGCUUUUUGAUGUGAUGGUUGGAGAUGGAAGGUUACCUCCUAAUGAGAUCACUUUUGUUUCUCUGCUUAAUGCUUGCAGCCACGCAGGGUUUGUCAAAGAGGGUCUCGAGAUUUUUGAUUUGAUGACAAAGUACGGCGUUAGGCCAAACGUGAAACACUAUACUUGUAUGAUCGAUCUCUUGGGUCGAGCUGGUAGGCUCACUGAGGCUAGUGGGAUGAUUGAAACCAUGUCUAUUCAAAAAGAUGAAACUUUAUGGGGUUCCUUUCUCGGAGCUUGCAGGAUCCAUAAGAAUGUAGAAAUGGCAGAGAAGGCUGCUAUGUUCUUGCUUGAGCUACAGCCACAAAACCCAGGUCACUACAUUUUACUCUCUAACAUUUAUGCAAACGACGGUAAGUGGGAGGAGGUUGCUAAAGUUAGGAACUUGAUGAACCAACGAGGUUUAAAGAAAGUCCCCGGUUAUACUUGGAUUGAAGCUAAUAACAGAACACAUAGGUUCAAGGUUGGGGACAGGACUCAUCCUAAGUCUAAAGAGAUAUAUGAUGCUCUCAGGGACUUGACUGAGAAGCUUGAAGAGGCGGGUUUUGUCCCUGAUACAAACUUUGUGUUGCAUGAUGUCGAUGAAGAGGUUAAAGUCGGGAUGUUAUCUUUACAUAGCGAAAAGCUAGCGUUAGCGUUUGGUUUGAUUGCGACUCCUGAAGGUAGUCUCUUAAGAAUCACGAAGAAUCUCAGAGUAUGUGGUGACUGCCAUAGCUUUUUCAAGUUUGCAUCAUUGGUUACAAAGCGAGAGAUUAUUGUAAGAGAUGCAAAUCGGUUUCAUUGCUUCAAAGAAGGUUCUUGCUCAUGUGGAGACUAUUGGUAA